AUGAAGGAAUCAUCUGCAAUUUCCCAAAACACUCGAUUUAGUAAUACGUCCUUGGCAAGACAGCUCUACAUCCAUGCCUUGACCUACCUACUCCGAGCUCUUCCUUCUGAUCUAUCAACGGAGGAAAGCAUGAGUCUACAAACCUCGAUACCACAAGAAGUAGUAGAAUCAAUACAAGAAGAAUCAAGUAUCCGCGAAUCUAGUCAAACAUCAGAUGCUGGCAACGCUCCACCGUCAUUGCUCCAAAGGAGUGUUGCCGCUACCAUUAUUCAACUAUUUAUAUUGUUGCAGUUUAUUCUCCCUUAUGUGAAAUACCUACUCACUUCAGCGUAUCAAUACGACAGAACCUAUAAAAUAUCCGAGAAAGUUCUGUCCCGUGGUAUCGUGACGGUUGAUACCAUUGGAAAAUCAGGCCUCGCAGUCACUGGAGCGAUAUAUGGAAUGGGUGAUGGUAAAGUUGGACAAGCUCUCACGGAUGCCGCCGCUUGGGUUGUUGAAGGUGUCACGGGAGGGGUACAUGAAGGUGUGAGUGGAGGAUUGGUUAUGUUGGGUGCAAAGAAUGGUACUUCAAAUAAAAAAAUGAAGGAUUGA